GUUGGUUCCUCUCGCAUCCAAUCCCUACUCCUAAAACGACACAACUUAAUUCUCCUUCUCUCCCUCCGGAAUACAGAGAGAGCGACGUAUGGCGUUGCUCGGCGACGACGGUCGAGGCUACGAGCUCGCCCGGAGGCUCGAAGCCGGUGGGGUGUGGCGGUCGUGGCUUGGGGACUCCUGCUACGCGAACUUUGUACACUUCCUCUCGUCGCCGUCCUCAUGGGAGGUCUUCAUGCGCGCCGAUGACCGCAAAUCUAGGGCUCAGAUCCACCUCCAGCUCAGGGUUCGCGCUCUUCUCUUCGACAAGGCCUCCGUCUCUCUCUUUCUCCGUCCCCAGUCCGCUUCGUCUUCGUCGUCGUCGUCUGCCGCAGCUUUUUCGAAGCUCAAUCCCACUUAUUUGCAGUUGCACGGCGAUGAUGUGUACUUCACUCUGGAAAAUAGUUCACUGGAUGGGGUUCAACAGCGAGAUGGCGUUGUAGCCUCCAACACUGCGCUGUCGAAGGGUAUGCAGAUUCAAGCUAAAGCAACUUUUAGUGUUGGAUCAAGAUAUGGUGAAUCUGAGAUUGAUAAUAUAUCGCAGAGAUUCAGGCAAGAAGAAUUGCCAGAAUCAUGGUACAGCCAGUUUAUUGAGAAGUAUAGAGCUAAUAGACCAUAUAAGUCAUCAUUGGGGGACAGAGAAUUAGAUAAACGUACACCUGAGGAGAUGUCUGCUUACCUUAGACAUCUUGAGAAACAUAAAAGGAGGAGAUUAGCAUUUAAGGAGGAUCAAAAUAUGGGUUUUGGAAACCAUAUGUUGGAGAAUAAAUCAAACAUGAAUCCAAAUUCUAUUUUAGAUGGCAACUUGGUUGAGGACGACACACCCUUUUUCCCAGAAACACUGUUUGCGUGGAACUGUGUGCCUGACAGUGCACUUCCUCCAACAAAUAGAGCAGAAAACAACCAGAAAAUUGAGUUUAAUGGGGUCCUCGAUACUUUGCCCCAAGUUAUGACCAGGAGUCCUAUCAUGAUUGAGAGGCUUGGUAUUAAGCCUGAGUGCCUAGGCAUGGAACAGGGAGGAAUUCCUUAUCAUGGGAAAAAUGGGUCUGAGGGGAAUAGGAACGAGCUUGGUAAAGAGCAAGCUUCUCAGAUGUCUAAGAAAGUAAUAGCCCGUGUGCUGACAAAUAUGGGGUUUGAGGGUACCACAGAAGUUCCGAUGGAAGUUUUAUCUCAAUUACUCAGCUGUCAUAUCUGUAAAUUAGGCCGUACCUUGAAAGUCCUUGCUGAUAGUUACAGGAAACAGUGCUCAGCCAUUGAACUGCUGAAGAUGUUUCUUCAAACAGCUGGAUAUAGUAAUCUUGGGGCUUUAGUGGAGCAAGUCAAGGAUAAUACCAGGAAUACUAUGCAACAAACUCAGCAACAAGUACAUGGAGUCCAGUCGCAACUUCAACAACAGAAUCAGUCUUCCCUUGGGCAGCCUCAGCAAAUUCCAAGGCAAAUGCAUCAGCAGAUGCAGCAGAUGAUUCUUCCCCAAAAUUUGGCUUUGCAGCAACAGCAGCAUUGGGAGAGAAUGCGAAGACGGCAACAGCAACAGCAACAGCAACAGCAACAGCAAUCCAAUCCCCGCAGUGGUAUGAAUAUGGAUAAGGACAGGCCAAUGGUAGAAGUCAAGAUUGAAAACCCAACAGACUUACCAAUGGAUGGUACUGCCUUUACCAACAUCAAUACCAGGCAUCCACAAAUGCAGAUUCGGCAGCAGAAAAUUGCUGCCAUGUCAAAUCUCCAAGCUCAAUCUGGCAAUCAGUUCAGACAUAUGACUUCCCUUCAAAUGCCUCAAAUUCAGACGCAGAAUGUGAGCAUGGUUAGGGCUCCACCUGUGAAAGUUGAAGGCUUUCAGGAGUUGAUGGGUGGGGAUUCUACAUUAAAGCAUGAUUUGGAGGAAAAUAGACUCACCUCCCCCUCCAAGUGAUGCGAAUGUUGGGUCACUUAUCCUACAUUCUAAUUAUUUGAUCCAACACUUUGUGCCUGUGUAUAUAUAUAUAUAUAUAUAUAUAUAUAUUUGCAAUCUUAAAUCAUGUUUUUAUAGCUUGAUGGUUGCAAAUAAAUCUUUUCCCGGAUAAGAAUUUUGUUCAAUGCCCAUGGCGAUUGCGGGUUGUUGCAAUCCAAGAAAGUUUACUUUGCUUCUUUUCUA